AUGAAGCUUCGUCAAGGUUGUGCCUACAUCUUGUGCACUAGCAUUCUACUUGUUACCGUGACAACAGCGACUAAAAUGACUGUAGUUCAAGUCUUCGACGCGGAUUCAUGUACUGGUGUGCCACAUCAGAUUGUAUUUACGCCUACAAACGAUUGCAGCAACAUGACUUCUCAAGGUGGUUGCUCAUAUGAAACCAAGGACAUGGGCAUUUUUGCAGCAGGCAACUGCACCGACGAUCCACGCGCAUUUGCAGCUGCAACAUAUAACGACUCCUCCUUUGUACUAGUAGAGCAUUAUGCUAUUGAUACUAAUUGCUCAAGUCUGAUGGGAGUCGCUGCUUAUCGUGCCGAUCGUGACUGCCAUCGUACAAUCGACGCCAACAUUAGCGUCUGGGUAAAUUGGAAGGACAUUUUACCAUCUUUCAAUCUUUACGAUGACUCCUCGUGUAACUCGUUGCCUAUAUUUCAGUACAAGUUUAGCGACAAUAGCGACGAGUGUGUCGACGAAAAUUUGUUGCACCUCGGUCUAGAAUGGCAAUAUCGUAAAACGUCUCUGCGCCAUCCAUUUACAGCCAAAAAGCCUUCUACUUUCCCUCCCUUCGCGAUCAUUAUCCAUUCUGCUGAGAAGAAGGUAAUUAAACUAUGGGCAAGGAAAAGACUCACAUUUCGCUGGUUGUGA